GAUCGGAAUAGGUACUUAUUACCUAACGUCAUCGUCUCAGUAAGCUUCUCGUCCGCUCAUAAAUAAAUUGUCUUUCUCCCGGAAACUGUGUUGGGAAAUACCAAAGUCGUAUAUUCAUUAUAAUCUCAUUUAAAAGGAGUAAUCACAAGAAAGUCAUCAUCAAAAUGUCAACCCAAAACCUCGCCACCCUCGACGAGACAUUAGCCGAGAACCUCCCCGCGUACUCCAAGCUGCUCUUCGGCGCCAAAACCGUCAACAAAAUCACCUUCGAGCAAAUCGCCACCGAGCUCGGGCGCAGCGAAGUCGCCGUCGCCGCGCUCUUCCUGGGCCAAGCGCAGGCCUCCCCCUCGGACAUCGAAAAGCUGUCGAAACUCCUCGGCAUACAGAAAGAUAUGCUCGAGGCCUCGUCGAUCUCGCAUAUCCCGAACCGCGGACAUGUCGGCCCGAUGCCCCCGAAGGAACCCCUGGUGUACAGGCUUUAUGAGAUUGUGCAGAAUUAUGGGUACGCGUUUAAGGCGGUUAUGAAUGAGAAGUUUGGAGAUGGGAUUAUGAGCGCGAUUGCGUUCUCGUCGAGGGUCGAGAAGGAGGUUGAUGCGGAGGGCGUGGCGUGGGUUAAUAUUACGUUGAGGGGGAAGUGGCUACCGUAUUCGCGAUUUUGAGGCGAUGGUAUUUGGCGCGGGUUUGGAAGUUGUGCAGCUGGUAAAAAGUGCUGCUGGAGAUUUCUGCGAGGCGUGGUGAUGAAUCAAAUGAAAAAGAAAUAUUGAUUUGGUAUUAACAACUCCCAGGUUGGUAUAAUAAUUAUCUUGUCUAAGCGCGUGAGGGAUAGACAUUAUGAAAUAUAAACUGCGAUCAACACUUUCCC